GCCAUCAUGGACGUUGAGGCAGCGCUGCUGGAGAACUCUCCAACACUGUCGACGAUCUCGUCGGACUGCACCGACACCACAUAUUCCGGCCCAGGCUCGCCCUAUUCCCCGGAAUCGCCGAUCAUCGUCACCUCCUCGUACAAGAAGACAAAGGACGACGAGGUCACGCCUAGACCGACACCCAGGCACCCGCUACCGCCCCGGAAGCCCAACUUCCGGAUACGACCGCCUUAUCUCAUGAUCUGCAUCAGCAUCGUAGAGAUAGCCGUUCACUGCCUGGGAGACGAGGCAACGUUGCGCAGGUGGCUGGUCUACGACCCUCGUCAGAGGGUGCAGGGUUGGAGGUUCGCCUCGUACAUGUUGCUACACUCGAACGCGCUUCACCUUGCGUUGAACGUGGUCAUCCAGCUGGUGCUCGCCACUCCGCUCGAGGUGGAACAGGGUCGAAUAGGGGUGGCAACAAUCUACUUAGGAGGUGGUGUUUGCGGAGCCCUCGGAGCAUCUCUUCUUCAACCGAGCCUCUUCUUGGUCGGUGCUUCUGCGGGUGUUUAUGCUUUACUUACCAGCCAUCUCGCGCAUCUUUACUUGUGUCACGGAGAACUGCGAUACGCCGGCUGGCGUCUAGGCGCCGUGUUACUCUUGGCAAGCGCGGACGUGGCGUCACUUCCGAUUCCAGCGUUGCUCGGUUGUGGCCGAGUCGGCUGGGCAGCUCAUGUGGCUGGCGCGUUGGCAGGACCACUCCUAGGCUUGGCAGUCUUCCCAAAUCAGAGCAAGAAGGACGCCAGAGGGCGGAGAUUCGUCAGGUUCGUUCGUCUUCUGUCGGCAAUCAGCGUGAUGCUCCUGGUGGUCGGUGCCAUCCUUGGCAACAUCUACCUGAUCGCGUUGCCACAGCUGAGGAAACCAUCCUGACAGAGGAUCGAGCUGCUCGUCAAGCUCUGCAGACGAUCCUUCCUCAUCGUCAAGAUCAGGGAGGCCGCCGAGAGCGUUUUCGAGUAGAGCCCGCUGACAAUUAUUUUCGCAAUGGGAAUUUUUUUGCCACGUCGCUCGCGCCGAAAGGGAGUUUGAUAUCGUGUGAAAUGAAAAGAAGAGUCGAAAGACAGGGGGAGGCACUUUGGUCGAAGAGGAAAUUUGGAAUACUUGCAUGUAAAGAUAAAUAAUAAUAGCUCUCGACUGUUGAAAUUUGGUUGGAUGUAUUUAUGGUGGCGCGUG